UCUGUAGGCGUGUCCCUUCGCGUUGGGAAGGAGAAGCAAUGCUGCUUUUGGUUGUUGCUGCUGCUGUGUUUUUUCCCCUUCUAUUGGUGUAAUGAACGCUUGCUUUGCUCAUAGCCAGAAUGGCUUAGCUGGCUGGUUAGGAGAGAGACCAGCACCGUGCCGUGAAUUACGUGCUGUCCAGUGAGUGAUCAAGGGUCGUUUUUGUGGCCAUGGAAAGAGACACAUUGGCCAUGAGAUAGAUGCACGUCCGACGUGGAUUGUGGCGAAUUCGGCUGGAUUUCUCAAAAGAACGCGGGGCCUCGUUUUCUUGCGGGUAGCUGCAUUGAUUUAUUAUUAUCAAUAAAACACAUUUGUCUCCAGGUGAUGAUGGCCUGGCAUCUGGACAAGACUACGGAAGGCGACCGCUUGGGCAUGACAGCUGCGAAGGCGAUCACCGUGGCUGGUUUGCCGUGCUGGGCUACGUUUGACGGUCACCGACGCUGCUGUUGAGGAGAUGGAGGAAGCCAGUGGUGGGACUUGUGCGGAAGACCCAAAAGUGGCAGCAGUGGAGGGUGAUGAGGAGGAGGAGCAGGAGCAGGAUCAGGAGGAUGGAGCCUCUGCUUCCCUUGUGCCGGAGGAUGCCGUGGGCUUCCCUGCAGGCAGGCCUCCGCCCGUGCUGGCAGGAGCGGACUGGUCGGCCGCCCUCAGUUUGCCCGAGACCGAGAGCUGGCUGGCGCACAUGAGCGGACGUGUGGCGCAACUCGGCCGGGAGGUUCAGAGGGACGUGGAAGGUGUUCGGACUGAGCUUCAUCUGAAGCAGUUCAAGGAGAUUUGCGUGGAGGUGUCGGGCCGCUCGGAGUGUGUGCGCUCCCUGCUGGGGACCGAGUUCCCGCUGAGGCUCCUCUCCCCAGCGUGCGCGGUGCCGGGAGCCGUGCGGCGCGCGGGCCAGCGCUGGCACCAGCUGCGAGUAUCGCUCCAGGUGCUCCGGGAACGUCUGCUGCGGGAGAGCAACGGGCGCCAUCCGCCCGCCGCUCGGAGCCUGCGAGCGUCGAUGGUGACGGCAUACUGGGAUGAUAAUAAGAAACGUGUGUUCCAGGAAGUCAUCGGUAAUAUUGACACCAUACAAGCACGUGAAACAUUGUUUAUAAAAAGUGAGCUUCCCAUUUGUUAUAAUAAUAUUCCAUCGGAUGAAUUGCUUAAAUCUUUUGAGGUCCCAUUACAAUCUUCCUGCUCUGAAGAGUGCAAUACAGAUUUUGAAAAACAACUCCGUGCAUCAACCAAUUUAAGCACAAAACGUGAAAUAUACGAGACGCACUUCUCUAAAGAUUUGAGGAUGGAAUUUUCUGAGCUACCUUGGCCGUCUAAGCAGGGCAAGAAGGAAGAUAAUGGUGAAUGUUCACAGAUCGUUGGGGCAUUACAAAGCGAGCAACUCAUUCAAAGAAUACAGACUGAUACCGAGACCUUGCAGGAGAGGUCUGCACAUCAACUUGUGCCUGAACAGAAGACCACGAGUGCAUUGCUAAAUGAGUCUCAGCUCUCUGGAGCGGCCACCAAUGAGCACAGUAUUGUUCAAUCCAGUAAUGUGGCUUCAAUGUCUGUUGAUGGCAACUCAAACAAUUGUGGAACAGACUACAAGUCGCAUGAUAUUGUUCACUCUGAUAUUUCACUGAAUGCAAAGUGUAGGAGAGGUCUGUCAGAAAACAUGUUAGCAGAACAAGACGGUUCCGGCUCGGUUAGCAAAAAUGAAAGUGCGUGUUUCGACGAAGCUGUGUUCCAGGGCUUCUACUCAAACUCUCGAAGGUCUCUGGGAGCAUUACAACAGAACACAGUUUCUCACGGUAACCACAACAGACAUGAGGUUGAAGUGGAUGAAGAAGAAGAAUAUACUUAUUCCCCUGUUCACCUCGGUUCAAUUCAUUCAUCAAUGCAUGGAAGAGGUCAUUCCCAAAUGUUCAAUGGAAGUUUGAAGGAUCUGAGAAGCUGCUUACAUUAUAGGGCAGAGCUGUCCACUUCAAACUCACGCCUGCGUAGAAGCAAGUCUGUAAAUAUGAAUAAUUUAUUACCGGCUGGUGAAAGUUCGUUUCGAAGGUUUAAUGGAACCAAAUCAAGUUCAAUGCAGUCUGUUUUAUCCGCACCAGAAACAAUUUAUUAUUUUAGUAAUAGACUGCCAAUGUCGUCGAGUCGUUGCUGUUUAGAUAUGGAGUAUGAAGCGAUGCUGGAUUUUGCUUAUCCACUCCAUGAAGAUGGACGAACUAGGGAGGAUACCGAGGAGUUGAAUGACCUUUUGCAUCAACUAAAAAUCUAUGAGAAUAAUAACCCUACAUGUAACAAAUUAACCAACCAACAAUUGUCCACACCGUUAUUAAAGGAUGACCGAGCACAGGAGCACACAUUUUGCACAGCUGCAGUUGCAGCCCACGACGUUACAAAUCUCUUGUAUGUUGGUGAAGAUUUCAAAAGACCACCUCAAGGGGAAAGCCUGUCGCCGGAUCACAUCUCGGCAUUUAAAGUUAUGCCAGUGAGCUGCCGUGGGAAGAAGAGCAAUAAAAAACGGACUGUUACAGAGACGGACGAUUGGUAUGGCUCUGAUGAAUUCCUCGCAUUGCCCACUCAGCUAAAAGAGGCUGAGGCUGUUGCACAGCAUCUGGAGAACUUGGUGGAUAUGUUAAACACAAGUUCAUUGUACAGAUCAUCUCUGAGCAUUGGCGACCUUGGAACAGCAAGAAGCAUUGCUGAAGACAUCUCUUCUAUUAGAAGUCAGGAUGCAAGUGGCCAGAGGCCACGCCACAAAGAGAAAGAGAUGGGUCAAAGCAAACUGUCAGUUUCUCUUCCACAUGAAAGGCCACUGAGUGUGUGUGACUCUGUGGAAUUUGGCCCUCUUUGUGAUAUGUCUGAUGGGAUGUCACCUGUACAAUUCUCAACCAGCAGUUGUCAAGAGGGUGGGUUCUGUGGAUCUUUAAAAGAACACCAAAACCUGGGCAGUGAAAGUGCCCAGAGCGUCCAGCAAACCGGCUGGAAGCCACGUGACGCGAGUAGUCCAGUCAGCGAGGGGAGGCCCCCCACCCUGCAGAACUGUGGUCGCCACCAUUCACAGCUGAUCAAGGAGAUACAAGAUGACAUUGAGCACCAGAUCAACAACACAGCCAUCUGGGAAAAAAUCGAGAUGUUUGUAAAGAAGCUUGAUGUGCUGAUUGACUGGCUGUAUGAUGCCAUGGAGACAACCGAAAACUGGACACCCCCAAAGGCAGAAAUAGACCACCUGAAGGUCUACCUGGAAACCCACCUGUGCUUCAAACUUAACGUGGACAGUCAUUGUACUUUAAAAGAGGAAGUCGUACAAGAAGGCAGAAGACUUUUGGAAAUUCUUGUUUCUCAAAAAUCUGGUCUGAGGGACACGCUCGAUCGCAUCGAGAGCCAGUGGCAGCAGCUGCAGCAGCAAAUCUGCCGUCAGCACGGCUGGGUGCAGCGCGCCCUCGCAAUCAUCAAGUGUGACGUCCUCACAGGCGCCGAGGCGCUGUCGGAACGCGGGGGCCUCGAGAUCGUCGCUGCCGGUGCUUCGCAGGUUGGAUUUCUAAGCGAAUGACGCCAUUCUUUGACCAGAAGAAACUAAUUAUUGAUCAAGACGCUGAUACCAACGCAUGCCCUGUUUACAACACAUGGCAAGAAAAAAAAGCAAUUAUGUCCCAGUAGAGAUGAAACAUGUAGUGAGAGAUGAUUUAAUCAGAUUAUGAAAAAAGCCUGCUUUCAUGGAUAUAAAUAUUAAAGAGCUGCUUCUGUACCUUGCGUAAGUUAAAUCAUUUGAUACAUUGCCGGAUCGCCACUUUGAUGUAAGACAGAGUUCAUUUAAAGGUAUUGCAUAUUAAACUGGAAAACUGCAUGAUCGUUUGAAGUGCUCUGUAAUUAAUGUUUGCCAUUGAUGUUAGAGUUCUGUUGAUUUAUCCACUGGAGCCUGGAAGAUUGUCCCUACAUGAUACUGGCUGUAAACAAUUUAAUUUGCGCCACCUUAAUUACAGUUUAUAUUAAAGUUAAUUGCAUAAAUUAAUUGAACCGCAAGUAAAUGCUUGCUUUGAGCAGUGAUCUUGACUUGAUUACAUUUUAAUUAUCCUGAUUUUACAGCACUACACUUGCUGAAAAAAAUAUCCUCUUGUCAUCCUGCAUGCGUUUUUUUAAUAGUAAAUGCAAGUUAUUUUUUUAAAGCUGGAACUUUUUAUAUUCGCGAUGAUACAAAGAUGUAAAAAUAAAGUUCCGGUUUAAAAAAAAAUCCAUUUGAACUUUUUCUAACGUGCACACAUAUCGCUGUUGACAUUUGAAAAAGCUAAAGUUUUUUUAUGGCGGAGCAGACGUCUACCGGCGAAGCCUAAAUCGCCCUCAAAAGCCAUUACACUCACAGUAGUCUGUACAAGACAACUGCGUCACAGUGCACUGGGUCUCAUUCUGGCUCCACGUGAGUGGGAGAGUUCCCACUGUCAAGCAGUGAACGGACAACCAACCGCCAGUCAACAACCCGAAGCUGUGUGGCUACAACGCACAGCAGAAAGUGAGCAUUUGGGGGAAUUUUGGCUUUUUAAUUUGUUCUAGAUUUGAAGCUUUCGUUACUGCAAGGGUUCAUACUUUUUUUUCGGUAAAGUCACGUAGGUAAAUUAAAAUAAAAGAGAACAAUUUGUAUCUGUAUAUUAUAUUGUUCGAUUGUUGUUGUUAGUCUCCCAUAUUUCGCAAGAACACAAAAAUACGUGCGGGGCAUUUAAAUACAGCAAUUGUGCAAAUGAAUUGGCGAACGUUAUUAUGUAUGGAUGAAGAAAGCUAUUUGCACGAAAACAGUGAAUGCAAUGGUUGUGCCUGUAUACAAUUGUUGUUAAGUGUGGCUAUACAUUCCCCCCAGACAGAUGAAGGUGAUUUUUAAGAAGCAUCAUCGGAUGCUAUGUUUCCAUUGCGGUAUUGAAUGAGCUGUUGUGUGCAUUAAAUAUGAUGCAAAAGUUAUUAGACGAAAGUAAUGGGUCACACAGGCACUUAUUAUGCACAAUAAACUUGUUUCUAAUUGGUUUGUAUUUGGUUGUCGAUCAACUUUCGAAAAAAUAUUUAAGAGAUUCGCACAACAGCAAAAUUAAUGUGCAUUACUCCUGUUUACAUUGUGCCUGCUGCACGCUUUUUUUUAACUGGAUAAAUGAUGCGUCAAACAAUUGCAAUGGAAAUAUAACCCGAUACCACGGUUGUGUUUUUUUGUUGUAAAAUUAAACUUGUGUACAUAGAGAUUAAACAUUUUUACAUAUAUUUACAAAUGUGUGACAUGUAAGCAAAUUACUUAUUUUCAGAUAGAUAAAAUCAAAUAACGUGUUAAAUACUUAUAAAGUAAGUUUUGUAUACAACAAAUAGUAUUACAUCUUCAGGAAUAUUUUAGCAAGCUUGCAUACAGAUUAAACAUGUUUGCUUAAUUAUUUAAUUCAGAUAAAAUAUAUUGGGUAGAAUUUGAUGAAGAUAAGGGUUAUAGACCAAGAAGAAUUUCGGGGUUGGUUUGCAUUUUAAAUGAUUAGAUUUUUCUUUUUUAGUACAGACUUUAUCCAGAGUAAUUGCACAUGCCAAUAUAUAUUAUUAAUGUUACUAAUUUAACAUUGAUAUGUUCUGCAAAUUGUGUGCACGCUCUGCGUAAUGUGCACAAAUGUUCACAAAUGUUCACUUCAGACAUUGUGUUUAUAGCAUCCGAUAUAUUUGAGUAUUUUUAAGAAUCUUUAAAGUUUGGCUGAUAUAUAAUCAUCUUUCACUGAUGGGCAUUUUUUUCUCUUCACAUAGCAUCAUAUCUUUCAGUAUACAACAUGUUAAACUGCAAAUAUUGUGUAAAACCAAUGUUUUUAUUGCCAUUAUUAAAGUACCUUGCAUAGGUCAAUCUGAAGUGAAGGUCAAAUGCUUACAUGAAGGAUGGAGCAAAAUCAAUGUGCUUCUUUAGCCUACCAACUUUGUUAGUAUGCAGGUCACUUCUGCAUAGCCUUCAAGCAUGUUUGCACAAAAAGCUACACAUAAAGGGCAAGCAACCAGCAUUUGAAUGCAUUAACCGAACGUUUGCGCUAAUUAAAUGCAUUCGGGUAGCAACCAUAUCAAUAAUUCAAUGCGCGUGACCUAAUCAUUGCAAAAUUAUUUAUUUGUUUCCCAAGCCAAGCUUCGUAAUAUAAAAAAAGGUUUUGGGGAAAAAAACAGUACAAUGAUUAAUUCGUCAUUGAGUGCAGUCCAGGGCUAUGAAUAGCAUAUUAAUAUUCCAUGCUGUUAGUCUAGACUUGAUUCCCACCGUGUUCAUUGCUUGUAUUAGCUACAGCUGCGUAGUAUAAAGCAGACGAGAAGCCGAUCACUUUGCUGCACAAUUGGACAUUGAAAAGGUAUGCUCAAAGUAGUAUUUCACUUUUAUGGCAUGUACUCUGAACACGCAUACAGUUCUCAUAAAUAUGAUAUUCCACAGUGUAUUUCAAUCGAUUAACUUUAAUGCUAUUCUGAUAGUGAACAAGCUAUUUACUCUGGAAAGAGAUGGACAACAUAUGUAGGCAGCUGUUGCUGGUGUUUAUUCAAGCACUACUAAUUUUCCAGCAGCAGAGGGCACAGCAAGAAUAGGUUGGGAUAUGCAAAGAAAAAAGGGCCCACAUUAAAAUUCUGUGGAAAAAGAAUUAUUGAUUGGCUGAAACCAAUUAACAGCUGUGUAAGGGCUUACUUUUCAAGGUUAAUUCAGAUGUUUAGACCAUCAAUUAAUGCAAAGCAAGUGGAAUCGAUAUGUUUAGGGCACAAUAUUGUUUCAGCCGGAGUCGUGGAUGAAUUGAUCGACUUUUCUUUCUUUGAAAGGCACUGAUACAAUAUAGCGUAUUGCAUCAAUAGAGAAGAUCACUGGGUGAUUGCCAGAAAGCGAGCGAGCAGUUCUGACAGCCUAAUUAGAAGCGCACACAAAUGGUCUUAAUUCACUUUUUGGUUUACCGCCUCAAUUGUGUGCCUCCACCGAAGAGACAUUCCCGCUUUAUAAUCCAGCGGCUUGUACCUUAAGAGAAACGGACAAACGACAUUGGUCUUUUCACCUAAAAAAAGCUUGGAGCUGGUAAUCAAAACGUUAAAAUAAUGAGCGGUGACGGGUGUUUGUGUCUGUGUGUGUUGUACCAAGGUGUCUUUACUCACCACGUGGUUCUUAAGAAUGCAGUGGAAUGCAGAAACCUCAGAUGAAUUGUAUCAAAUUUUUUGCCUUCAAAUUAAAUGCCAUCUAAUAAAAGCUUUUCCCAUCAUUCCCUUUCAAGAAUAGUAAUGCCAGUAACAUCGGUGUAAUGGAGUAUUAUUUGAGACCAAGCACAUUUUUGUACUUUUGUGUCAAACUAUCUUAUUUUAUAUUAAUUAAAGGGCCUGUUGUGUAUUGUAUGUUAUUGAAGAAAUUGUAUUAACUUGCUUUUGCUGUAAUUUGUGUUCGAAAAUUUUUUGCCGAAAAACUACCUACUGGAAUUGUAAAAACGGAAACGUCAAAAUAACAACUGUGUGUAAUUGUUUUUAAUACCAUUAAAUAUUGAAACCUAU